GAACGAACAAUCCAAUCGAAUCGCAGCUUCCACUCUUACAGUUCCGCUCCAGGGUCUUGUAAUUCGUUCGCAAUGUUUGGUUCAUUGCGAUUUCUUUUCUUGUUUUCUGGAAGUUCUGGAAGGUCGUUUCCUCCUCAUCUUCCUCCUCUUCUCUUCGGUUGAAAGAUGCUUCUAGAGAGGGUUGACUUUACCUCAACAUUUUACUUUAAUACCUUUACCUCGACCUAUCCAACAUACCUCUAUCCCUACGAAAGCAGGCAAACACUCGACACUCCUCCCUGAUCGAAGCAUCAGGCCGACCAAGCCUCGGCCUACGCUACCUGACGACUCGAUCCGAGCGAGGCACACUCUCCAUCACAAUGUCCGGCUACGACGAUGACUUCGAAGACCGAGGCGCACGUCGCGCCCACGGCGGCCCAUACACAGCCAAACACCCUGUCCCAACCGUAAAGGGUUACCGCGAACACCGAGCCGAGAUCAAAGAGCAGGAAGGACAGGAGAACACGGCCCAGCUCCAGCCAGACGCCGAUGGCAACAUGAACGAACCCCCGUCCAAGACCAAGCGAGCGUACGAUGCUGUCAAAGCUAUAUCCAAAGAUGAAGACCAACAGGGCAAUCAAGAGGGGGACCCAUAUCCGACUACUAAUAGGAACUAUCCCGAUGCGCCUGUGGAGGAUCCAGGUACACAACAGCAAGGUGUCUAUGGUGGACAGCCCAACCCCAAUGAAAAUAACAACACACAGCAGGGUAAUGGCCAGGCCACGGGCAGGGAGCAGCAGAAGCAAGAAAAGCAGAAGGAGCAACAAGAGAAAUCAGCAACAGAGACAGUAGCCUCCACCGUCGAUCCCAAAGAAAAGCGCAAGGUCAUGAAGAAACAACAACCCCAGGGCCACGGUCGUGAGGUAACCGACCCGGUAACCCACUUGCCCAUUACGAUUCACGACAUGACGGACAAAAACCUCGGUUCCGCUCCCGAGAAUUACCCAUCGGUCGGAUCGGAUCAUAGGACCUUCACGGGCCCAGAAGCGGGGAAUAAGAGCCAAGAUCAUUUACGAGAAGAGACAUUCGAAGUUGGAGAGGCGCAUCAAGGCAUGCACAAGCUCUUUCCACCACCAGAGUUCGAGGAAACAAAGGAGCAGAUGAUGAAGACUUACCGACAGGCAUUGACUGCUGGACUAACAGGACUUGGUGUUGUUGGGAUACUGGGACUCGGUUGCAUUUCGCUUUUAGGGUUUGGAUCCGGGUCCAGGACAAAGACAGUCUCCCUUCUCCUCUUCCUCAUCAUCGCAGGCGCAGGUGCCUACGUCCUCAUCCAGGGUGUAUCCGGCUGGCUCGAAAAGCGCAUCUCCUCCAUCUUCGAAGAAGAAACCUGGGCCGCCGACCGUCACGCCGAAAAGACCGUCAACAAGGACGGCGCCCCCCUGCCCGAAUCAGCAGCGUGGUUGAACGGCUUGUUGGCCUCCGUCUGGCCUUUGAUCAACCCGGACUUGUUUGCUUCCAUCGCCGACAUGCUGGAGGACGUCAUGCAAGCUUCCUUGCCCAAGUUUGUCCGCAUGGUCAGCGUGGAUGAUAUCGGCCAGGGAAGCGAGGCGUUUAGAGUGUUGGGGAUCAAGUGGUUGCCGACAGGAGCCGCGGGACAAUCGGUUGACGAUCAGGGGAGACUGAAGGAUGCUGGGGAGAACGAUCGAGAGGUUAAAGGAGAGGGAGAGGUUGAAGGCGGAGGAGGAGAGAUGGUCCAGGAGGGAAUGGAAGCUGAGGAAGGGGACUUUGUCAACAUGGAGUUGGCGUUUGCUUACAGACCUAGGUCCUCAGGGAAGUCGAUCACCAGCAAGGCCAAGAAUGCGCAUCUCUACCUCAAGUUCUACUUGCCUGGUGACUUGGCUGUUCCAGUCUGGGUAGAACUGAAGGGAUUCGUGGGCAUUAUGCGUCUGCGGUUGCAGUUGACGCCCGAUCCGCCCUUCUUCGAGCUGUGUACUCUGACCUUCCUUGGCCAGCCGCGAGUCAACCUUUCCUGCGUCCCUCUGUCGAAACACCUCCCCAACCUGAUGGACAUCCCGCUUAUCUCGUCCUUCGUCCAGUCCGCUGUUGACGCUGCCUUGGCCGAAUACGUCGCACCCAAGUCGCUUACUCUCGACCUCAAGGACAUGCUCGUCGGCGAUGACUUCAAGAAGGACACCAUCGCUCGCGGUGUGGUGGCUGUCUACAUCAAGAAAGCUCGCGGGUUCAAGUGCGGCGAUGGCGGAUUCGGCCCUAUCGAGGGAUCCUCUGAUCCGUACGUGACCGUGUCAUGGGGCAAGGUCGGCAAGCCCAUGUUUUCCACACGCAUCAUCAUCGACGAGCAAGAGCCUGUCUGGAACGAGUGGGCUUACAUCCUUGUCUCGCCGGAUGAGCUCAACGCCCAGGAGAAUCUGCGCAUCCAAAUUUGGGAUUCGGACAAGUAUACUGCCGAUGAUGACCUGGGACGUGUCGAGGUUUCUCUCAAGGAGUUGAUGCACAGCGAGGAAACCAAGAACAAGAUGCACGAUCGCGAAGACCGGCUUAUGGCUUCCGACCCCGACGAGACCAUGCCUGGCACCAUCUCCUGGGCAGUCGGCUACUUUGCCAAGGCACACAUCCAGCAGAGCCAGCUCGACAAGCAGACUUUUGAUACCUCCGUUCGUUCUUUGGACCAGCUUAAGCAGCAAGUCCACGAAACCACCGAGUCCAAACUCCGCGAAGCCUCCCUCUCCAAGGACAUGUCUCAAGAAAAGCACCAACAGGAAGCUCAAGACUUCAAGGGUAAAGAAGACCAAAUGAUCAUCUCCUCUCGGCCUCUGCCCUCCAUGCCAUCAGGGAUCCUCUCCAUCCAAAUCCACAACAUCACCGGCUUGGAAAUCACUCCGCUAAACCAAGACCGCAACCGCUCCACCGGCGCCGACGAAGUCAAGGAAGACGCCGCUGAGCAGUCCGAUAGCCUGCCAGACUCCUACUGCACCAUCAUCCUCAACCAGCAAAAGAUCUACCGCACCAGAACCAAGCCCAAGAACGCGAAGCCCUUCUUCAAUGCCGGCACCGAAAGGUUUGUCAAGGACUGGAGCACUUGCGAGGUGAUUAUCAGUGUGAGGGAUAACAGAGAGGGCGAGGAGGAUCCUUUGCUGGGUGUGGUGUAUCUGCCGCUGAGAAAGGUGUUUGAGCACAGAAGUCAGGUAAUGGGGACGUUCCCGUUGUCAGGAGGAAUCGGCAACGGCAGGGUGAGGGUGAGUUUGGUUUGGAGAGAGGUGGAGAUGGGAGAGCAGGUGAUGACACGGGAACUGAGGGGAUGGGACAUGGGAACCGUGGAGGUUAAGGGGGGUGUAAAGUGGGGUGGUGGUGGUGAUACGGAAGGAACGAGGGGAGAACUGGAACGGUUGAGUGGGUGCAAACUCAAGUUGAAGACCAAGAUUGGCAAGGGGAAGAUGAAUCCGCUGGAGGGAGAGGAGGGCGUUUGGGUGCCCAAGAGACAUCAUGCUGGUGGUCGUGGGCAGCAAAUGAGUCAGCAGAAACAACCCGGCAAUGGCAUCAGCGAGGGAAGCAUCUUCUUGGGAGUCGUCAAACGCUACCAGAGCAUGUUGCUGCUUCAGUUCAAGGACAAGCACUCUCUCUUGCCAGAUUCCAAUCCUGCGCUGGCUGUUCUCUGGCUUUCUUCCAUCCCGGAUGAGGAGGAUGUCACUGUUCGUUUGCCGGUCUGGAAGGGAGGCAAAAAGCAGCUGAAGAGGGCCAGUACCUGUGCCGAGUACAAGGGGUUGGAAGAAGGUGAGAAGCCGUUGGGCGAGGUUGAGUUCACAGUCAGGUUCUGGAGAGGAUUGUCCGGGUAUCAUAGGAAGUAUGCGAGCAAGCCGAGGAACAGCGAUGUCAAGGGGGUGAUGGAGGUAUUGGAUACGGUGUGUGAUGAGAAGAUGGAUGAGGAUGAUGAUGACGGUGCCGGCGGUUCUUGGUCCCAUUCGGAUACAGAUACCAGUGAGUCGGGCUCCGACAGCGAUUCAAGUCUGUCUGACGACGAGUACAAUACCCGCCAUAACAUCCACUCACCUCAGCACCGGGACACUUUCCAGGAAGCAGCAACCCGCCAGGCUCUCCGGAAGCACGGCGACAACAACGCAUCCUCUUCCAGCAGCUCAUCUGACUCGGACACCGAAGACCUUCCGGAUACCUCCGACGACCAUCACAACCCCGUCUCCAAAGCCACUCACAAAGUCAAGCACAAGAUCUCCGCCAAGCUCGACGGCGACAAGAUUGGCUCCGACCAAGACGACGGCAAACGCGGCGUCAUAGCCCAAGUGCAGGAUUACAAGCAACAUCGCAAGGAGCUGCAUAGAAGACACCGAGGCGUGAUGCAGUGGAAGGCGGCGAGGACGCUGAAUUGGCUUGGUGGACAAGUGAAGAAGGGUAAGGGGAAGGUAAAGGAGUGGGGGGAGCAUGGGGAUAAGGGGACGGGGGUUGAGACUGAGGUUUAA